CUCGCUCGCUCUCCCCUCUCCUCUCUCUGCGCCCACCGGAACGGAAACGCAACCCCAACCCAGGGGAGGAAGGAAGAGGGGAAAGCAGGAGCCGACUGCCCACACCACCCACAGGAACGCCGCGGGGCAGGGGGGGGGGGGAGGAGGAAGACGCCGGCAGUGGCGGCGCCUUAAAAGGCCAGGGCGCGGUUUUCUGCUUGCCUAUCUUUCACUUCCCCUCAUCUACUACUGCGCUGCGCCGUUUAAUUUAGCCCGCAAGAGUAAACAACAAGAGGAAGAAUUCUUGUGUUGCGGUCCAAUCCGUUCCGCUGCUUGAGCUUGACUGACUAUCUCUAUCCGAUCUUCCGCGUGACGGGUCCGAUGACCUACCACUGGGCCUCAAGGGUCGUCGUCAUCUAUCUAUAUUUGAGGUUCUUGCGUCAACAUGACAAGGUGCUUUUACUCCCAUCAAACUGUUACGGGGGUAGCGCUGUGGCUGUCAUUUCUGUGUCCUAGGAAAAUGGCCACAGAGAAGAGCCAAAGAUAUGAAGGGUCUUUUUUACAACACAGACAUGCCGGUAAUGUCUGUUGCGGAAGCAGGGUUGGCACGCUUCUGUGUCUUAUGAUCUUCUGCUGCCUCCUUGUGUGGCUGCACCAGCCAUCAGCUCUACCAGAGCAGCAGUAUCCAGAGAGAUGGUGUGGAGCACACACAAUUCUACUCUGCGUGGGGUCCAUUUCACUUACCGUUUUGGAUAGCGUGGCUCGUUUUGGAAUUAACUUUAUGUUAACAGAGUCUAGGUAUCAUUAGCUAGAUUAAGCUAACUGCUUGACUUAGUAGUGUGUAAAUCUGUAAAGAAAACUACUUGGUUUGGGUUGAGUCUCUAUAAAAGAAAUGGAGCAGAGGAACGUUCUGGCAUUGGGUGAACAUGUUCUGAAAGCUACUAUUCGCAAGCGAAAGCAUGAGACUGCUAUGGAGCACCCUGAAGGCAAUGAUGUGAUGGUGUUCUCUCAGCAUGAUCCAAGAAAACACCCUGCAACAUUUGAUGACAGAGCUAACUGUAAGAAGUCUAAAUUAAUUUCCUGUGGGAGUGGAUCUAUAUUGGAGUCAUAUCGGAACUUUAAGACAAGUGGGCUGCCUGUGCGUGUGCUUUUCUACCAACAUGGUGACUGGAGUGAUUUUCCAGAGGAUGUUGUCAAUCUAGCACAACAGGACUUCCAGUUGAAGAGGCCAAUUACUACUGCUGUGUUCCAGAACAAGCACAUCAUGUUGGACUUCGUUCACAUGAUUUGCAUAGAUUAUGAGAUGACCAUAGACAAACCACUAGCAUGGGUUGAUGAUCAUGGCAAACACUUCUUUCCAGAUUUAUCUGCUGGACUGUACACAUCUAAACCAUCUCAGCAUGAGAAAGGUGAAGCUGAUGAGUGUGAUGGAGUGUCAAGUGUAGCUGAAAGCUCAAGUUCGGUAUCUGUUGGUGAAGUAGUUUCUCAUAGCAAGAGGAUCAGUAAUAUUGCAGAGGACAACCUGAAAGCACAUAACAGGCUGUAUGAAGCUGUUGGUGAAAAUAAUUCAGGUCCUUCAUUUCAUUUGAAUGAAUAUUUUAGUGGAACCAUACAAGCUACUGGCAAGCCAAACAAUGGUCCACGUGUUGAUUCAGCUGUGCAGAAUUUGUUGCUCAAAGGAUUAGGUCAGCCUUUUAGCGAGAAAGAUAUUAUUGCUAUCUAUAGAACACCACUGCUAGAUCAGCAAUGGCAAGUUCGUUGUGGUCUCUUCCAAAAGGAGGUUGAAGAGACCAGGAGUCGUCGGGGGAAUGCAAAUGUGCGUUAUGCUUGGCUUCCUUGCUCAAGAUAUACCAUGGAGCAGAUGACGACGCGAGGUGCUCUGGAAACUGCAAAGCCUAAGAAGGGGUCCAUGUUUGGUGUUGGGACUUGUCUUGCUCCUGCAAACUGUUCAAAUUCAUGUGCCAGAUAUUCUGAGUUUCAAGAAGAUGGCAUCAUCAGAAUGAUGCUGUGCCGUGUAAUAAUGGGUAAUGUUGAGGUUGUUUUGCCUGGAUCAAAGCAAUUCCAGCCAUCCAAUGAAAGUUUUGAUAAUGGCGUGGAUGAUCUUCAAAAUCCACAGAAUUACAUCAUAUGGGAUUCUAAUGUGCAUAAACACAUAUUUGCUGAAUAUGCUGUUAUUGUCAAAGUACCUCCAGUGACCAAUGGAUGUUUGGUCUUGAAGGAUAGUGUGCCCAACAUAUCUGAGAUCAUAAGUACUGGUUCUCCAGACAAUCUAACCAAGGAAGAUAGGUUCCAAACCUUGGCACCGUCCGGUGUUGAACAAGAAGCACCUAAGCUGGGGCAUGCUCCAAGGGCGCCCUCCUCACCAUGGAUGCCCUUUUCAAUGCUUUUUGCUGCCAUUUCCACAAAAGUGCCUCGUUCAGACAUGGAUUUGGUCAUCAGAUACUAUGAAGAAUUUAAGAGGAAAGGGAUAAGCAGGAGCGACUUGGUGAUACGGAUAAGGCAAAUAGUCGGAGAUAAGAUAUUGGUUUCUACAAUAAUGAGGCUUCACCAGAAGUCCCCACAGGUGGCAGCAGCUGGGCUACCAAGAGCACUCGCAAGGGGGAAGAGGGAGUAGCCGAGUAAGAUUUGUUUAAGCCUUGUCUUUUGAGAAAUAUAGAGUACAGAUGCUUUGUCGACAUGGCCAGACUCAACAAGUCGAUGGAGGCAAAAAAAAAACGAGGGAGAUGAGCAACUGUUGUAGUAUAGUCUCAGACUCAAAAGUAUUUAGGUCUUGACAUACUAAAACUCAGAUAAACUUUACUCUAAGUAGUGUAAUUCCGCUGGUCGAUUGCCUCUGUAAAAUCCGGACAGCUAUCAAUAUGCCUUGUGCUUUUCACCCUGUACUCCUUUUUUUUUUAUUCGCUGUUCUUUUCAACUUUUUUUUCUUGCAAUGGCAAAUGGACUGCCUGCCCCUUUCAGCUUCUUCCAUGCUUCAUCAGUUUUAUUUCUCUCAUGCUAAACGUUCAGCUUGCUGGCUCAUGUACCGUCAGAUGGAAACAGUGGUCUGGUGUUUUCCUUGCCUAAAUAACGAGCAGUGAUGCAAAGUA